GUUGUAGCGGCAAGCUUUUGAGAUCAUUGUCCUCUUAUUCUGGGAAGGAUUGGGAUUUCUGAUAUUUGAUGAAAACUUGUGAAACAAUAUGGAAUUAGUUUCUAGGAAGUUUUGCUUAGCGUAUUGUGUUAUUAUACUGGUAUUUCUGAGUGGAGUUAUUGGUCAGCGUGUAUUGGAUAAACCUGCAGAUAGGGAGACUUCGUAUGACUUUAUAGCAUUGACAAAAACUGUGCCAGUAAUGACCCAGGAGGUUCGGGACCUGACCGUGGCUGAGGGACUUGUGGUCAGUUUUGUCUGUAAAGCUUAUGGAAAUCCACAACCUAAUUUUUAUUGGGAAAAAGAUGGGAAAAAGUUGAACAUGAGGAGGAGAUUCAACGUAUUUGACAUGCCGUAUGGUAGUGUCUUGAGAAUUGACACUGUGCGGAAUACAGACAAUGGUAAAACCUUUACCUGUGUGGCUGAGAAUGGAGUGGGGGAUCCAGCCAGGAGUACGGGGCGUCUAAAGGUUUACCGCAUUGACAGGGAUGAAAAUGAAAUUCCACUGGGAUAUCCUAGAAUUGUUGUAAAUCCAAAGCUAAAAUCUGCUGAGAAAGGGAAGCCUGCCAUUAUGCAGUGUCAAGCGGAUGCUAAUGGACACAAGUUUGAUAUCGAGUGGUUCAAAAAUGGUGUCCCUGUAGAUCUGGGUGACAACAAACGGUUCACACUCACUGAAACAGGAUCUUUACGUAUAGCCAAGGCCCUAGAGUCAGAUUAUGGAAAAUAUGAAUGUGUAGCUACCAAUGAGUAUGGAGUGACCUACUCUUAUGCUGCGAUGUUAUACGUCAAAGUACGUCGAGCCCCCCUUCAUUUUACCUUCUUACCCCAGAAGAGAGUGGAGGUGGACCCCAAUGGCAGCGUCAAUCUGACCUGUGUGGCGGUGGGGUCCCCCAUGCCACACGUCAUGUGGCGGGAUGGUGCCACGGAACUGGGAAAGUCUGUCAUAGGAAAGAAUGUCCUCCAACUGAAAAACGUCACGGAGAGCAAGAACUACACGUGUGUGGCGUCGACUAACUUAGAAAAAAUCGAACACGUCGGGGAGGUCAUAGUUAAAG